CAUGCGUGAACUGUCAAACUCUUUUCUUGGAUCUCGUUCUCAAACAAUUCCCUAAACAUCAUCACACUCGUUUACCUCUAACUUAGCCACUCGUUGAUACGAUAAUAAUAAGAUGAAGUGCACAUCUGCCGUCGCGCUUCUGCACCUGCUGGCCUCUGCAACCGACCUUGACGUGCGCCAAACUGCCGACCUGAAGUACGAGAUUAGUGAUUUCUUGGUAGACUGCACGCUUCAAAGCGGCUAUUGUGUGUACGAACUCGACAUAGUUACCAGCGACAACCCCGAAUUCAAAGUGGGCUGUGAGGCGUUUGGGACGACCGAGAAGGGCGAGCUGCCCGCCGUUAACGAAACCCAGUGUGGGACAUAUACUGUCGCGGUCGCUAAGUCGGAUGACGGUGGAUUGAUUCUGACAGUUAAGUCGGAUCGAAAACGGCGGAUGGGAACAUACCUCAUCCCUAGCGAUGACAUAACUACCACAAUGUCGGGUGGGCAGUCGUACACGGGCAACAGUUCUUUUACCAUCGACGUCAAGAACGCGUCUUCUGGCUCCGCUUCUGUCUCGGGUACUAGUACUACUGUUUCUACCCCUACUGUCUCAUCAGUGUCAUCUGCCUCUUCAUCCCUCUUAUCUGUCGUUUCCACUGCUACCUCCGAGCCAUCUACCACAGGCACUACGACUUCCAGCUCCGACAGUCCCGGCGAGACCAAUGGGGCGACUCAGGAGAGUGCAUUCGCCAGUGUCAUGUUCGCUGUCGGUCUGAUGGCUUUUAUCAUUUAAAUACAAACAGAUGAAUAAUAGAUAGAAGAAAUUCAUAGGAUAUAAAGCUCGAGACAAUAAGACUAAAGAGUCAAGCGAGCAAAAAUGUAGA